AUCUGGACCUGACUUCCGGGAUUGCUGAGAGGCCCUGGGCUGCCCUGUCAUGAGAAGGCCCUAGGCCUGCUCUCCUGGGGACCAUGGUGCUGCCCUCGAGGUUACACUGGAUCCGAAGCAGGCCAUGGAGGGACAGGAUCCGCAGGCGCCAGCUCAACCGACUGCCAACCAGACUCCCAGAAAUCAUGUUGGUAGGAUCCCAGUCCUUCUCACCGGGAGGGCCCAAUGGGAUCAUUAGAAGCCAGUCCUUCGCGGGGUUCAGUGGCCUUCAAGAAAGACGAUCCAGGUGUAACUCCUUCAUUGAAAAUUCCUCAGCUCUCAAGAAACCCCAGACCAAAUUGAAGAAAAUGCACAAUUUAGGACACAAAAACAACAAUCCUCCCAAAGAGCCUCAGCCUACAAGGGUGGAAGAGGUCUACAGGGCCCUGAAAAAGGGACUCAGUGAAUACCUGGGUGUUCACCAGACAGAGCUGGACAAGCUAACGACUCAGCUAAGAGACAUGAAGAGAAACUCACGCCUGGGUGUGCUGUAUGACUUAGACAAGCAAAUUAAAACGAUCGAGAGAUACAUGAGACGCCUGGAGUUUCACAUUAGUAAGGUGGACGAGCUCUACGAGGCCUACUGCAUCCAGCGACGUCUCCAGGACGGCGCCAGCAAAAUGAAGCAGGCCUUCGCAGUGUCGCCCGCCAGCAGAGCUGCCCGGGAGAGUCUGUCGGAGAUCAGCCGGAGCUACAAGGAGUACACGGAGAAUAUGUGUGCCCUGGAAGCGGAGCUGGAGAAUCUGCUGGGGGAGUUCUCCAUCAAGAUGAAAGGUCUGGCUGGCUUUGCGCGCCUCUGCCCUGGAGACCAAUACGAAGUCUUCAUGAAGUGCGGCCGGCAGAGGUGGAAGCUGAAGGGCAAGAUAGAGGUCAACGGCAAACAGAGCUGGGAUGGGGAGGAGACCGUCUUCUUGCCCCUGAUCGUCGGGUUCAUUUCCAUCAAGGUCACAGAGCUCAAAGGGCUGGCGACUCACCUCCUGGUGGGCAGUGUGACCUGUGAGACCAAAGAGCUGUUUGCAGCCCGACCGCAGGUGGUGGCCGUGGACAUCAACGACCUCGGAACCAUCAAGCUGAACCUGGAGAUCACCUGGUAUCCCUUUGACGUGGAGGACACGACCCCAUCCUCGGGUGGUGCAGGGAACAAGACGGCAGCGCUCCAGAGGAGGAUGUCCAUGUACAGCCAGGGCACCCCGGAGACGCCCACCUUCAAAGACCACUCCUUCUUUAGGAGCCGGCUACGUCCCUCUGCAGACAGGCCGUGGUGGCUGUCUGUCUUGAGCGCCUCCAGGGACACUCUCUUUGCCAAGCUGCACCGCAGCCGCUCUCUCAGGGACCUGCCCUCCCUCGGCCUGAGCCCCAUGGCUGUGCUAGAGUUCUAUGCGAAUCUGCCCGAUGACAUCUUUGAAACUGGGAAGACAGCUGAGGAGCAAAGGCCACUCUCCCUCAGCUCCUGUGACCUGCCCAACGGGGACUGUGCCCUCCCCUGCAGCCCUGCAGCCUCUCCCUCCAGCUCGGGCUCAGCGAAUCCAGAAAUCACCAUCACCCCUGCAGAGCUUAGCCACACCGGCCGGCCCUCCCAGGACCAGGGAGGGGAUGACGGCAGCUGGGCAUCUUCCAGGAACUCCUCGGGAGAAGGCCAGGAACCCAAGUCACCCCUGCAGGAAGGCCCAGCGGAGCCCAGGAAACCCUCCGCAGCCACGGCUUUGGGGGCUGAGCGCCUGUUCCUUGAGAAUGCAGUCGCCGAGGCCCUUCUGCAAGAGUCGGAUGAGGCCUCGGAGCUCAAGCCCGUGGAGCUGGACACUUGUGAAGGGAAUGUCACGAAACAGCUGGUCAAGAGGCUCACCUCGGCCGAGGUGCCGGCAGCCACAGAGCAUCUGCUUUCUGAGGACUCGGCCAGUGGGGAGUCCCUCCUGGAUGGCAGCUUGGAGGAUGCCCUGAGUGGGCUGUUUCUUGCUCUAGAACCACAUAAGGAGGAGUACAAGGAGUUUCAGGAUCUGAACCAAGAGGUCAUGCAUCUGGAUGAUAUUCUAAAAUGCAAGCCCUCGGUGAGCCGCAGCCGAUCCUCCAGCCUCAGCCUCAUGGUGGAAAGCGCUUUAGAAAGCUUUGACUUCCUCAACACCUCUGAUUUUGAUGAGGAGGAGGACGGGGAGGAGGCACGCCGUGGCGGCGGUGCUGACUCGGUGUUCUCAGACACCGAGCCCGAGAGGAGCAGUUACAGGUCGGUUCACCCAGAAGCCAGGGGGCAUCUUAGUGAGGCACUGACCGAAGACACAGGCGUGGGGACCAGCGUGGCAGGCAGCCCCCUCCCGCUGACCACCGGGAACGAGAGCCUGGACAUCGCCAUCGUGCGGCACCUGCAGUACUGCACCCAGCUCGUCCAGCAAGUUGUCUUCUCCAGCAAAACCCCCUUUGUGGCAAGAAACCUCUUAGAGAAGCUUUCGAGACAGACCCAAGUGAUGGAGAGACUCGCGGCCGUCAGUGACGAGGAGGCGGGGAGCCUGAGCUCUGUCGUGCAAGCCCUCCCAGAGUUUCACAAAAAGCUGUCUCUGCUGUCCUUCUGGACCAAGUGCUGCGGCCCGGCCGGGGUGUACCACAGCUCUGCCGACAGGGUGAUCAAGCAGCUGGAGGCCAGCUUUGCCAGGACUGUCAACAAGGAGUACCCAGGACUCGCAGACCCAGUGUUUCGAACCCUGGUCUCUCAAAUCCUGGACCGGACGGAGCCUCUGCUGUCCGCCAGCCUCUCCUCGGAAGUCGUCACGGUUUUCCAGUACUGCAGUUACUUCACCAGCCACUGCGUGAGCGACCUGGAGAGCCACCUGUGCCAGCUGGCCAGGCAAGUCUCCGUGGUGCACACCCUGCAGUCCCUGAGAGAUGAGAAGCUGCUGCAGGCCGUGGGCAACCUUGCUCCCAGCAGCCUCCUGGCCCAGCAAGAGGUGCUCCGGACUCUGGCUCUGCUCUUAACCAGGGACGACAGUGACGUCAGCAAGGCUGUGACGCUCUACUUGGCAGCAGCCUCCAAGAACGAGCAUUUCAGGGAAAAGGCCUUGCUCUAUUACUGUGAAGCACUGACCAAGACCAACCUGCAGCUGCAGAAGGCAGCCUGCCUGGCCCUGCGGAGCCUGGAGGCAACUGAAAGCAUUAAAAUGCUGGUGACCUUGUGUCAGUCUGACACGGAAGAAAUCAGAAAUGUGGCCUCAGAAACCCUCUUGUCUCUUGGAGAAGACGGGCGGCUGGCCUACGAACAGCUGGACAAAUUUCCGCGAGACGGUGUGAAAGUUGGAGGUCGUCAUGGAGCUGAGGUGGCCACGGCCUUUUAGCCACGGGUAACGCUACCUGGCCACGGUCCCGACUUCUGGCCCCUUCCACCCGGUGUCCAGGACUUGAAGACCUCCUACAAUGUGAGGGGAGUCUCAGUCUGGUUUCACAGCCCCUCUGCUUUCCCUUGGCCACAAAAACAGGGCUGUGCAGAACUCUGAUCGCGUCGUCGACCGUGACUGGCAAUAUCAGGAAGAGUCCGUCUUGUCUUAAUAAGUGGGGAUUUUAAAACAGCCAUCUUUGUACCUUUUUGGAAUUUCAAUAAGCUUGAAAUUGUCAUGCGCUAUUUCUAUAAAUACCAUCUGCUUUGCAGUUUUUCUCUGUGGUGUUCUCAGGGUUGAGUGGUCCUUUAGCUACCUAAUUUUACUUUAAAUACAAGCACACAAAAAAAGAAUUUCUUCAAACAAUGCUUGCCUGAAGAAUGUGGCAAAAUGACCCAUUGUAAGAGUCUAAUUUUUAUAUUUUACUUUUUUAAGCUCUGUGUUUCUUUUGUCCAUCCUAAAAAUUCCCAAAUCGUGUUCUCAUUAUAAUUAAAAGAUAACUAAAUCACUAAGAACUACCUUAGUAAGAUUAUACCCAUAUGCUCAAAACCCAAAAACUCAUUAAGCCUUUUUUAUUUGUUUUUUGUUUUUUGGAUUUUUUUUUUUAGUGGGACUGAACCCAGGGCCAUUUGGGGUUCAUCCCAGAGCUACAUCCCCAGCCAUUUAAUUUUUUUUUAAUUUUAAUAUUUAUUUUUUAGUUUUCGGCGGACAUAACAUCUUUGUUUUUUGUAUGUGGUGCUGAGGAUCGAACCCGGGCAGCACGCAUGCCAGGUAAGCACGCUUAAUUUUUUUUAUAUUGAGACAGGGUCUCAUUGAGUUGCCCAGGCUGGCCUCAAACUUGUGAUCCUCCUGCCUCAGCCUCCUAAAUUGCUGGGACUACAGGCAUACACCACCAUGCCCAACAGAUUUUUUUUCCUAACAAGAGCCAUUUUUUAAAAAUAAUACUCUUACCAUAUAGGUAUUUUGCUGCUGAGACAAAUCAAAACCAAAAGUCAUGGAUUCGAAAAGCUGUGAUGCUCUUUCAAGGUGGAAGAAUGUGGAAUCCUCAAUGGGUUAGGACCAUAGGGACACUAAAAGUCAUUCCUGCUUCUGUAAAAAUCAUGUGAAAUUAGGAAGAAGAACUCCCUGAAGGAUCGCCAGUGCCCCUAGAAAAGUCCUCACCACUAGGUAGGACCCCCGCCAAGCAGCUGCAGUAGCAUCAGGCUUCAGGAGCAGGGCAGCAGGCCCCCCCAGGGAGUCAGGGCCUUUCAGUCAGGGCCUGUUCCUGAAUGACUUUCCUCCCUGUGAAGGGGGACAAGGAGGGGUAGCCAAGGUAUCAGAACAAUAUUGUGAGUGCGAUUUAAACUGUGGAUGUCAGCAGUAUUCUGGACAUGCUUGUAUGAAAUCUCACUUGGAUGUCAUUUUAAGUAUUUACAUGUUAGCAAGACUUUUAAAAAGAAUUUAUUUCCUUUUAAAGUGAAACUUGUUUGCCAGGCUUCGGGCAAAAUCGUUCUUUUAACUGUGAAGUUAUAAUGUACAUAUUUGUAUAUUUAUAAAUAUUAUGUAUGCAUAUGUCCUCCAUUUUAAAGGCUCAUUGUACAGUCUGUAGUUAGUAUGCAUAGUCCAUAGUCCACGUUAAAUGGUUGAAAUGGUUCUUUCUAUAGGAAGUCAAGUCUCACAUGUUACAGGGUUUCUUUGUUUUGGGUUUUUACAUUUUUAUUUUUUUGGAUAUUGCAUGAGUAAUCAGUUCCACAUCUUUUGUAUCCACUUCUGCAUUUUAUUUUUGGUUAGGGGGUGCUUUUAGUUUGGUGGCAUUUGUAUUCAUCACCCAAUCAUGUAAGUUAAAAUAAAAGUUAUUUUGUAA